UUUUCCAUCUUCAAAAUCUCGCAGAUCGUUCGAUUACGAAAUUCGCAGCAACAAUCUUUUCCCCCAAAUUGUUUUCCCUCUACUUCUUUCCCUCUAUAUUUUCCCUCUAUAAAUUUCCCUCUACUUUUCCACCUGAGAGAGCUAUUAAUAGGAAUUUUUGAGGGGGGACAAGCAAGAAGAAGAGAGGAACUUUCAGACGUGGGGAUCUCAAGCGACGGGAGGCAAAGCAAAGACAGAAUGGUUAAGAAGAACUUCAUAUCACAAUCUCAACCCGAAGGUGGGCAGUCAAGACCUCGAGCUAGGAACUGGAUUAUAGAUGAAGACAAUUAUUUGUUGGGAAUAUUGAAGGAAAUUGUCCUUAAAGGAAAGAACAAUGGAGGUCAUUUCACUACCGAGCAAUGGCAAAAUGUUACUGAUGAGUAUAAAGAAAGGACUGGACAAAAUGACAGAGGCAAACUACAAAUGCAAAACCGUUAUAAAAUUUUAAAAAAGCAAUAUUCCCUUAAUUACAAACUCCGAAAUAAAUCAGGUUGGGGUUGGGAUGAAGGUAAAAAUAUGGUGAUUGCACCUACUGCAAAAGAUUGGGAGGCAUUGAUAAAGGAGAAUGAUGAGUAUUUAAGAAUUAAGAACAAAGCUUUUCCUCAGUUCGACGACAUGAAUUUUCUAUGUGGAGGUAACACAUCUAAGGGGCGGUGGUGGUUUGGGACUACUGAUGACUUUAAUGAGCGUGAAGGAAGCACUAGUUUAGAAAAUGAAUUGGAGGAUACUGAUGGGCCACACAAUAACGAGAUAGAUUUGAGUGAUUCAGAGGAGGUACAAGAAGUGGAAGAGACACAAGUUCCUUUUAAUGGUACACAACCACCACCACAACCAAUACCUAGUUCUACUCCGAUCAUAAAGCAUCACGCUCAACCAUCAGGUUUAAAGCGAGCCUCAGUUUCAUCAUCAGUGUUCUCACUCUUAGCCUUAUCAUCUCGAGAGCUCUCAUCCUCUUGGACAUUUGAGACUCCAUCAUCAUUUUGGUUUUGCGCAUUUUCCAACUUCAGGUUGCUAGAAACAUUCCCUUCUUCUGUAGCUUCUGCCAUGGAUUCUGAAUUUUUGGCUACCACGCAUGUUUUAGAUUAGUUGUAUAUUGCAAUUAAUUGUAGUUGGAUGGUGAACUAGUAAAUGUGUGCAGUUGUCUACUUAUUUACCACUUUUGUCUUACAUGAUUGUGUGUGUUCUUUUUCUAAGUGGUUACCUGAAUGUGCUUUCAGAACACAAUUAUCACAUGAUAUCCUUCAAAUGUAUGAAGGUCCAACUUUUUCCAACAUUUGGUUUAGUUUAAGGUAUGAUUGGCCUCUUUAUAUUGCAUAGCCAUGACAGAAAAUUUCUUCUGAGUACUAUCGCAUAAAAUCAAGAUCGUUCUGUUCCUUGUUAUCAUUGUUGUUUUUGAGACUUGAAUCUUGACUAGUUCUUUGUUCUUAGACAUCAGUUGGUGGAAAAUCCUAAAGUUUUGUAUGUUCUCACCUUUUUCCUUGCUGUCUAUUAGCUUAAACAUUAAUCUUUUGUCCAUUCACACGCCUGGAGUCCCUCUACCUCACAGAAUUUUAAGCUACCAGUGUGAUGUUAGUCCUCAUUAUUAUUGAAAGGUGAAGUGUGUUUACAGAUGGCAUCACUUCAAUUAACUAACAACAAAGCUUAAGUUCCAUUUUCUUGUGAAUUGGCUACGUGAAUUAACUCAAGACUAUAUCACUAUUGAUUCUGUCAAUCUCCCUUUUCUCUGUCUGUGUUUUCCCUACUUAAGAGUCUAUAUUAUUUUCUAAUUCGCAUAAUUAACACCGGCUGUUACUUAACAACUUGUAUAUGCACACACUCACACACAUAUAAUCAACUUGUCUUCUUGUGCUAUGAGACGUGUGUUAGGUAAUCUUUGGAUUCUUGAUAUGAUAAUGAACUAACAUCAUGUUGAAACCAUGUGGAUGACUAGCUAUGGAGAAGAUUUAAUUACCCUUCAAAUGUUUCUGGCAGCUACAAGUGCUUCAGUAAGCAUACACAGUUGCUACUCCCAGUUAGGACCCAAAGUCGUUCUAUUCUACUAUUUGAUUUUGCUUCAAUAUUAGUCUUGAUUUGACUAUUGAUUUGGACAAUUAUGAACUAUUCUACU